GCGGCAGUGUCGCGUUGGCGCGCAGUCAUGGCGGUGCCGAACGGGGCCGGGGCCGCGGCCGGGACGGGCCCGGGGGGACCCGGGCUGGGCCUGGCGGUCCCGGGGGUCCCGGUGGGGCCCGGGGGAGGCCUCAGGGCCGCGGCCGGGCUCUACGAGCAGCUCAAGGGAGAGUGGGGCCGCAAGAGCCCCAACCUGGCCAAGUGCGGGGAGGCCCUGGGCAGGCUCAAGGUGGCUCUGCUGGACCUGAACUUCCUCCCCACCUCCGGCUCGGCCAUGACCAAGCAGCAGCUGAUCCUGGCCCGGGAUAUUUUGGAGAUUGGGGCGCAGUGGAGCAUCCUGAGGAAGGACAUCCCCUCCUUUGAGCGUUACAUGGCUCAGCUCAAGUGCUACUACUUCGACUACAAGGAGGAGCUGCCCGAGUCGGCGUCACGGCACCAGCUGCUGGGGCUGAACCUGCUGUUCCUGCUGUCCCAGAACCGCGUGGCCGAGUUCCACACGGAGCUGGAGCGGCUGCCGGCCCCCGACAUCCAGGGGAACCUGUUCAUCAGGCACCCCGUGUCCCUGGAGCAGUACCUGAUGGAGGGCAGUUACAACAAAGUGUUCCUGGCCAAGGGCAACAUCCCAGCAGAGAGCUACACCUUCUUCAUCGACAUCCUGCUGGACACCAUCAGGGACGAGAUCGCGGGCUGCAUCGAGGCCGCCUACGAGCGCAUCCUGUUCCCCGAGGCCGCGCGGAUCCUGUUCUUCAGCUCGCCCCGCAAGAUGACCGACUACGCCAAGAAGCGGGGCUGGGUGCUGGGCCCCUCCAACUACUACAGCUUCGGGGGGCGGCAGCAGAAGGCCGAGGACCCCCCGAUCCCCUCGACGGAGCUGGCCACGCAGGUCAUCGAGUACGCCCGGCAGCUGGAGAUGAUCGUCUGAGAAACACAAAAUUCCUCCAUUCCCUCUUUUUUCCCAUUUUUUUCUGCAUUUUUCCGCCUUUUUUCCGUGAUUUUUCCGCCUUUUUUCACCUUUUUUGGGGGUUUCUAACGUUUAGAGUGGGUUUUUUUGAGGGGGUUUCUCCCCUUUCCCGUGUUAACACCUCCAAAAUUUCCCCCAAAACCCCGUUUAUUUUCCUUAUUUCUCUUAUUUUAUUGCGAUUUUGGGGGUUGAAGUAUUUUUGGGUUAAAUAUUUAAAAAGGGGUUUGGGAUGCUCUCUGAGACCCCCUGGACCCCCCCAAAAUCCCCAUUUAUUCCAUUUUCUCUUCAGUUUUUUUGCAUUUUUGGGGGAGUCUUGAUGUGGGAACCCCAAAACCCCCUCAGACCCCCCCAAAACACCCCCAAAUCCUCCUUUUAACUCCCAUUUCCCCUCAUUUUCGGGAGGUUUCACAAUUUAAAGGUUCGUGUGGGGAUUUGGUGACCCCCCCCCCCCCACCCCUUUUUGGUCGGAACCGGGGGGCUGAGCCCCCUCCCCAAAAAUACGAACCCCAAAAUGUUGUUCCAAUAAAGUGCUGGAGCUGGA